AUGAGCGCGUCGAGGUUUAUAAAGUGCGUCACCGUUGGAGAUGGUGCUGUGGGUAAAACUUGUUUGCUCAUUUCGUACACUAGCAACACCUUCCCCACUGAUUAUGUCCCCACAGUGUUUGACAAUUUCAGUGCCAAUGUUGUUGUGGAUGGUAGCACUGUAAACCUAGGAUUGUGGGACACUGCAGGUCAGGAGGAUUACAAUAGACUGAGACCAUUGAGCUAUCGUGGGGCUGAUGUCUUUAUACUAGCAUUCUCUCUAAUUAGCAAGGCCAGUUAUGAGAAUGUCUCCAAGAAGUGGAUACCUGAACUGAGGCAUUAUGCUCCUGGAGUUCCGAUAAUUCUCGUGGGAACCAAGCUUGAUCUUCGAGAGGAUAAACAGUUCUUCGUGGAUCACCCUGGAGCUGUACCCAUCACAACUGGGCAGGGAGAGGAAUUGAAGAAGUCGAUUGGGGCUUCUGCUUACAUUGAGUGCAGUGCCAAGACACAACAGAAUGUGAAGGCUGUCUUUGAUGCGGCAAUUAAGGUUGUUUUGCAGCCACCGAAGCAAAAGAAGAGGAAGAAGAGAAAGGGUCACAAGGCCUGCAGUAUACUCUAG